AUGACCGCACAAUCUCCCUUUCAAACUCCUAAAGACCUCCGAGACUGGGGAUGGCAUGACGCUGCCAAGAUAUCGCAAGCUUACGAUGACCUCAGCAGCAUCUGGUGGGGAGCUGAUGUGGCACUGAAGGGCCUUCAGCUUCCUUGGAAGACAGAUGCCCAAGAGGGUCCCAAUCGUCUCACCAUUAUAGUGCACCAGGACCCCACUGCAGAUAUCAGUGUUGAUAAGCAAACUUACGAGGUCGACGGAAAAGAAUACCGGGCUUCGGACGCUGAUUACACUAUGACUAUGAAUCUGCAAGAUGGUGUUAUCAUUGCCAUAAGUCGCAAAGGCCCAGAUACGGCAGGCAAGGAGCGAGAGCCGCCGCUGAAACCAGAAGACAUGCCAAAACUCCACCAAUUCUCCGAUGUUGGCUGGAUAAAAUGGAAGGCCAUGGCCGAGGCGAAUAAUCUUCCUGUUAACAAUCUUCGGUAUUUCCUAUCGCUUGGGAUCGCGAACACACAGACGUUAUCAGUGUGCGAGAGGAUUUUCAGGGAUAAUAACCUAGCAAUGAAGAGGUGGCCUGGAGACAUGUUUCUAGCCGGCACAUGGGAGUUCCGUGCUAUCUUGGGAACCCCGAACGUACAAGGCUUUGGGUACAUGCUGGUUCAACACAAGGCAGAUCUGGGCAACAUGUUCAUCAGUAAAAUCCAUGUUUUCCUGUGCGAAAGCAACGAUGUUUGCAUUGUCGCAUUUGUGUCCCAACCAGUGGCCGCUCCAGUGCAAGAUGCAAUGGUCGGAUCGAUAGUCAUCUCGGAUCAGGUCGACAGACGCGACGAAGGAAGUAACGUCAUGCGUCUCCACAAGAUCUUCGCGAAGCUGUGA